UCAUCUGUAACUCCUUUCCGUCUUCGACUCCGAAUUCCGACGGAGUGAGUACUUUCUCCGGCCGAUAACCUCCCAACUCCGACUCAUUUCCGUCUUUCCUUCGUUUCUCUGAAUUCUUCGUCUUAUGUUCCUCGCCCCAUUUCGCAUCUCCGCCAGAAUUCGUCUCUGCAAAUUACACUUCCAGCCAGAAAUCAUUCCCGCAGUCGCAAUUGACCCACGAUCGAUCAUUUUCUGCUUUCCUCAGGUGAUAAUAUAAGGUUCAGAGCUGGUUGCUUAUCAAAGUGAGGUCUAAUCUUUGCUUUAGUCAACCAAAAUUUUUAUACUUUUUUCAUUGAGUUGGGUAAAUGGUGAGACGAAGAGCUAAGAAGACUGCCAAACAAGCUCCAAAAUUACCUGAACACUUAGGUGAUGGUGACACAAAGGAGAGCCAAAAUGAGGAGAAGGAUAAAGUUGUGCCAUUGAUACACCAGGAAGUUGAAAGACAAAUUGCUGCAAUUAGGGCUAUUCGUGAUGUGGACAUAGAACAUAUGUUGACUUCACUGCGUUUGCUACGGUCAUAUUUUAGUGAGGAGCAGUGCCAGACCCCUGUAUUACAAUUUUUCAAGGAAAGUCUUCCAAAUCUGUCAGUUGUCAGGAGUGAAGUAAAUGGAGAAUUUCAUGUGCAAUACAAGAAUGAAGAUGGAAAUUUAUUUAUGAACCAUUUAGAUCAUGUGGACCUGCAUGCUUCUCUUCUACGUCGUUUGUCCAUGGCACAGUCUCAUUGCUCUGGCAUUCCAUCUUUUGGUGGCUUUGACUUAUCGUCUAGCAGAGCAGUAAGGGCAAGCUUUCUUGGAGCAGAUAAUCUGCAGAUCAAGGACCUUGUUUUGGAGGGGCUGCAGGACAGUCAAGUGCUUGGAAUGCAUGAUUCUCUUCGAACACCUGGGGCAAGCAGCCAAAGGUUAUCCAUUGGGUUGACACCCAAAACCCUAAGGGUGCCAAAGCCUGGUGAGAUGCUUCUUUCUGUCCAUGGUUCACCUCUUGGAGUCUACAAGGAGGAUAAUAUGGAAGCUAUCCAUGAGUCUGAAGAAGGAUGAGGCUUUUCAAGUCAUUCAAGGUGUCGGAUCAAAGUGAAAUUUACUUGACAGCUGCUACGUUCAAGGAUGGUCUGAUUGUGUUUAUCUCAUAUUACAAAUGGUUAAUUGUAAUAGAGGAAGUAGUGUUUCGACAUCAAUGUGCUGUGAUCAACAAUGCUAAUUUCUAAAUACAAAGGUAGUACGUCAGGGAUCUCUGUAAUAUCUUGUUUAGCUUCUGUACAAGAAUUUUAGCUGCUCAUAUCUAUCAACCGAGGAUCACAAUAAUUUUUUUACUGCAACCUAGGAGCACAAAUGCCGUGAUAAUUAUUAUGUCAAUCAACUUCUCUUGCCUGGUACCCUCUCAUUCUUUUUCCAUCCUGUCUGGUACUUGGAUUUAAUUUCAAUCGCAACAUUAUCCAGUCAUUUUGCUCUAGCAGUCGAAAUCUGGAAAGUCUUUUUGUUCCAAUUCCCCAAGAAUAGAUGAUAACACAUUGCUUUUGCAUAAAUUAUAAUUUUCUUG